CAGCGCACAAGCCACCAGCACCACCAACACAUCCAGCAUCGCCAGCACCACCAACACCACCAGCAGCAGGAGCAGCGCAUCUGCUUAGCCUCGAGAUCGACAUCUUCCGGCUCAGCCACAUUCGCCAGCUCCACUCGCCUCCUGCCACACGUCUGCCAGCCGUUUGUAGAUUCUGUCAUGAAUAGGAUUAAACGGCUCGUCAAUGUCGACUGGAUCCUUCGAAAACGACUGCCCAUCCUCAUGUGCCAGCUCUGUUCGCUGGCCAGCGCCGGUAUCUCCCUUUACGCCGUCUUCUUCUCCUGCACCGCUUUAAUGGACACCGUCGGCAAUAUGUGUAAGUCCUUUUCUCUAUCCAUCACAGCAUCCUCGUCUCGAAGUCAACUUCCCGUCUGUACCCACUUUCGACAACUUCUCACACUCUCCUCUAUCCACUUCUCCGAUUUUAAUGGCAAUUCUUUGACACUCCGAAUCAAUAUUCGGUUUUGCAGGGAAUCGCUUUGUCUUGAUUGA